AUGGGACUGAGAGCCCUCCGGCCGCCCAAUCGCCUGCAGGCCGGCAGGGGAGCCGCGGGCGCCUUCCUCCUCCUCCUCCCCCCCAUAAAGCGGGCCCAGGUGCGGCUCCUCCCGCGGAGAGCGUCGGCCGAGCGGGAUGGCGGCUCCGGCAGGCUCUCUUUCUCUGCCCCCGCAGAGGCCUCGGGGACAGCCCGCUCCUCCAAGUGCCGCUACCCGCCCACGCUGACCAUGGUCACCGAGGCCGUCGGGGUGCUCAACGAGCGGAAGGGCUCCUCCACCGCGGCCAUCAAGCGCUACAUCCGCCACAACUACCCCGGCGUGGACCCGAUCCGGCUCAAGUACUACCUGCGGAAGGCGCUGCUCAAGGGGCUGGAGAAGGGCUACCUGGUGCGGCCCCUCAACUCCUCCGCCCAGGGGGCCACCGGCAGAUUCAAGUUGGCGGCCGUAAAGCCCAAGAAGGUAAAGCCCAAGAGGGUCCAGCCUGCCCAGGGGGAAGACCCUGCCCCAAAACCGGAGAAGAAGAAGGCAGCAGCGGAGGGCAAGGCGAGGGCCGAGAACCCCAAAGGGAAGGCGGAUGCCGAGGGCAAGGAGAACGCCGCCAGCAAGAAAGCCAAGGCUGAAUCUGACCCGGCCCUGGCUGCAGACCCGGUGAAGCGGAAGCCGAGGGAGAAGACGGCCACCGAGGGAAAGGCUCCCAAGAAGCCGAGGGCCCCCAAGACCCUCCAGGUCAAACUGGCAAAGCCCCCCUCCAAAGCCCCCCCCAAGGGAGAAGCCAAGACAGCCACCAAGGGCAGAGGCCGUCCCAAGGCUGGAGCGGAAGGCGAGGCUGAGCCCCCCAAGGGUGAGGGAGUCAAGGAGGCAAAGGGGGGCCAAGCCAAGAGCCAGGCUGAGGCCCCCAAGGCCAGGGCCCCCAAGGCCAAGGCCCCCAAGGCCGGAAAGAAGGUGGCAGCGGCGGCCAAAGGCAAGGAGAAGGAAGCCGAGGGGGGGCCAAGCCCAGAGGAUGCCUGAGGCCCACAGUGGCCAUUGCCAGCCUGCAGUGUGACCUGGCCCGGAACCCCAGCAAUGCCCCCCCUCCCCAAGGCCAGCAGCCCCAGUCACGGAAGGAGGCCGAUGGGGGUCCCGGGUGGUUUUAACAGCAUUUUAAACAAUCGGAGAUAUUUUUCAAUAAAGGUAAUGUUUGGCAAGGUAGCAAAUGAAUGGAGUGUUCCUGAUUCUGAAAAGCAGCAGAGAUGCCCCAUAGAAAAAGUGGGCUGAGACUUGGCAUUCCCGGCUCUUGACUGGAGGGAGGAGGACACUCCCCCCCACACACACAGAGCUCAGCAUAUGACCUUAACCUGCUCGGCCAUGGGUGGGCCAUGCACACCAGUCGCUUCCAGAUGUUUGUUUUAGGAACCCAGCUGAAUCUUUCAAUGCUCAGCUGGCUGCCUUGCUCCAGUAUAGGCAUUUUUGAGCAAUACUUGUGUUUCCAAGUUACAUUGUCUUAAAUUAUCCUUAGCAUAACUUUUUCACUAAGAGAAUUCUUGAACAUAAUUUUAGUUCCAAGAAUGUUCUUAAAAAGUUUUGAGUCCUGAGAGU